GCGGGUGGGGUAUCUCCUGGUUAGUCCCAACCGGCCGGACGUUUUUAGACACGAAGCUCUCAGACAAGUUCGGGAGCUGCACUCGAACCUUCUGGACGUCCUGGAAGGUGUGCCUGCUGGGGCUCCCGUGGCAGAGGGAGUUCCUAGCGUUCCCUCCCGUGAGGGGGAGGCGCCUCCGACUGAGGAGGCAAGGGCCUUGGCAGAGGCCAGCAGCAAAGCGGCACCGCCCUUGCCGCCAAGUUCCUUGGUUGGAACUGCGCCCAGUGAGACUGUGGAGCCCAAAGCACCUCUUGGCGAAGGAAAAGAAGAGGAGAAGCCCGCGGCAUUGGUUGCAAAGUCUGAGGAAGAGGGAGUGAGUGCUCCCGCAAAAGUUGAGGAUCAAGAGGAGCCUAAGAGAAAGAAGAAGGAUAAAAAGAGAAAGAGCAAGAAAGAUAAAGCAUCCCGGGAGAGGAAGAGGCGCAAGAAGUCCGAAGCUCAGUCCGUGGUGAAGGCAGAGGAGUGUGAAGAAACUGAAAGGUCUUUGGAAGACAGGUCAGAGGAGGAAAGCCCAGAAAAGAAGAGGACUCCUGAGAGAAGGGAGGCAGGCCGCAGAGAACCUCCUGAGAGUGGGAGGGACCGUCGACGGUCGGUGUCUAGUGGUCGGCGAGGAGAAAAGAGACGAGAACGGACUCCCGAGAGGCCCCUUUCCUGCGUGGAGACCUUGGCCACCGAAGUCAAAAGGGGUAAAGCGAAGAGAGCGGAACUGGGACAUCCAGCACUACGGGUUAGACCCAGAUCGCAAGCAAGACAGAAAGUCCAGAGGUGGAUGAACCGCAGGAGGCCUGCAGCAGCGGGGGUUGGCAGACGUCGACCUGCCGCAGCUAUAGAAAGGGUUCCCGUUCGAGGGAGAAGAGUGGUGGACCCUGAGGAGGCGUAUUCUCAGGGAGAGGUUGUGAAAGCCCACCAGUUACCUCCUACUUUGUUGGACCGGGGGCAUUGGAUCGUCAGUGAGGCAAGCACCUACUUUGGAGAAGAGUGUAAGUGGGCUGGAAAAGUGUCGAGGGUGACCAUUGAGGCGGGGGAGAGUGAACUUCAAGUGGAACUAACAGGUACUCAAUCAGAGGCCUUAUUGAAGUUUGCUUCAGGGCUGUCCCCGCCGGUUAUCAGGGCCCAUUUGUGCAAGGAAGGGUGUGAUCAGAAGCGGGUAAAUCCAGAUUUGGUUCACCUUUCUUCCUUUAGAAAGCUUGCAGAAGGAGCAGAAAAGACGUGGGAGGUGAACCUGGUUGGCACUGACGAGAACGCACCUUUGAGGAGAGUUGAAGAGGCAUGGAGAGAGCGCGUGCAAGAAGGUCGAGAGGCACAGGUGGAUUCAUCGCCGUCCAGCAGCGGCAAGAAGAAACACAACAAGAAAAAGAAAAGCAAAAAGAAGGACUCAGAGAAGAAGGCCAAGAAAGCCAAGAGGAUUGGAGGAAGGACAGUUGCGAAGAAGUCAUUGUCCCAGCUGUUCGAGGGCACGGGACUGGAUCCGGACCACGUCACCAGAAAAAAGGUGACCAGAAAGGUGAGGAGAAGGCUGAGGAAGUCGCGGUCCUCGAGCAGCUCCAGCAGUUCCAGUACCAGUUCAUCCAGCCUGCCAGAAGCCGACAAGGACAUCUUGGAAGACAGGUCCAAGAUCCAAAAAAUUGCCACGCUGGGGCCGGGCAUUCUGUCGGCCUCGGCGAUCCAGAGCAUGAAGCAAUUUGUGCUGCAGGCGGGGGGGUCCACUUGGGCCCUGGACGAACAUUCCCUUCCGCCAGUGAUGAGCCAAUAUGCUCGCAUGCACUUGGCAUCGAAGGGCAGUGGAGGCAUCCUUCGAGAGGUGAUGACGUUAGCCUUCGUUGGAGACCUUCUUUUGCAAGGUCGAGCGGCGGAAGCUCUGGAUGGGGUUUCCCAGCGUUUGAAGAGCCUGGAACUUGUCCUGGGAGGACAAACGUGGAGUACAGCCCAAAAGGUAGAAGUGGCCCCGAGCUUGGAGGCGACCAUCUCCAGCAGGGCCGAACUCCAGGUGGCGCUGAAGGAGUCCAAGCUGGACAGUCAAACCAGGGCGGGAGUGGCGAAAAAGCUGGGGAGACUCGUGAGAGAAAGAAAAGAUAGGGAGGAUGAAGAUGGUGACUCCUGCAAAAACUUGGGAGUAGAAAAGACAGACUCUCUGCAAACUGAGCUUUUAAAGAAAGAAAUAAAGAAGGCUGAAGGGACUUCUAUGGAUGCCAAAGAAGAGGUGCCAAAAGAAGGGCGUGAGAAGUGUGGAGUGGAAGCGCUCCUGGGCGGUACGUUUCACUCAGCGGGAGGAGUGGCUGCCACCAUUCCUUUUGCAAAUUUUUGUACAGACUCAGCGUCGGGAAAUUCCCUGACGAAAGACGCCUUGCACUGCCUUGGCUUGGGCCAGGCUGACGGAAAAAAUGAGGUCCGGCUGAAUGAUUCUGAAAUGGUGGGGAUGGGAGACGUAGGAACCUGGCUUCAGGGUAGGAUGGAUGUUUUCUUAGAUUUGCUCUGCAGGGUCAAGCCCUCGGGUAAGGUUUUUCCUCUACCCUCAUCCUUCACUACCCUGAGUCAACUGUUCCCUUCCAAGUCCCCUGUGGUUUUGGCUUUGUUGCGUUGUUCGGUUCUGUCUCUUAAUUCGUUGAACGGUGAGGGAAUGGAUUCUGGGAGCCCGGUUUCUGAUUUCAAGUCAAAGGUUCUUUGUGGUUUGGUUGUUGACUGUGAGCGGAUCGCGGGGUGGAGCGAACGUUCUGCUCCUGUUUCUUGGGACGAGUUUUUUAGAGUUAAAGGAAUCGACUACCGAGGUGAGGAAGUCUUAACCGCUCAAAGUAUCCGAUGGGAAAAUGUUGCUCCUGCACUCCCUAAAGAAGUGGGUGGAGUGCCAUUAGAACAGGUGGUUGAAUUGGGGUCCUUGGAAUAUGUGAAACAUUUUUCAAAGUUCCUGCUGGACCCGGCUGAUCAGGUUUAUACCCGACCGCCUAGGGUGAUGGUAGCUCCUGAGCAUUGGGAGACCUUGUGUAGAGAGCUCCUGCAGAGAGGAGUUUUUGCUAGAAUUCAUGAGGAUGAUGUUUAUAAGGUGGAAGGUAAAUUGGUCCUUAAUGGAUUGUUCGGAGUGUCCAAGCAUGAAUAUGCUGGGGACUUCGAAGUUAUGAGAAUUAUCAUGAAUUUGAUCCCGGCAAAUCGGCUGUGCCGGGGAUUGGAUGGUGAUAUCUCUACUCUUCCUACCUGGGCCAGCAUGACCCCCUUGUGCCUGAUGCCGCACGAGGACUUGGUAAUCUCUAGUGAGGACGUGAGAUGUUUCUUUUAUAUCUUCCGCUUACCAGUGACCUGGCAUCCCCUGAUGGCUUUUAAUCGGCCGCUGCCGUCGUCAUUAUGUGGAGAUAGGCCUGGUCGCUGGUAUCCGUGCUCGGCAGUACUGCCAAUGGGCUUCAAGAACAGUGUCGCUCUAGCACAACACAUCCAUCGGUUUGUGGCGAAGAAAGCUUUGGCUAGAGUAGGUCUUGGCGGAGAACUGGAGAUUCGAAAGGAUAGGACCUUCUCAACUGGAAACCCUUUGUUCAGGAUUUAUCUUGACAACUUUGAUGAGCUUCGACGGGUCUCGAAAGGUAUGGCUUCUGUGAUAGCUGGAACGGUGUCGCCCUUAGUUUCUGGUCUUCGUGAAGAAUAUGCCAUGUUGGGUGUCCCAAGACACCCUAAGAAGUCUGUUGCUUGUCAGGCCCAGGCUGAAGUUCAGGGCGCCAUUGUGGACGGGUCCUUGGGGAUUGCCGUACCAAAGCCUGAGAAGGUGCUCAGGUAUGCCUUACUCACCAAGCAGAUUUUGGAAGCCGGAAAAUGCACUCAAAAACAGGCCCAAGUAGUGGGAGGCGGUUUGGUCUACCUGGCAAUGUUCCGGAGACCCUUGCUAGGUUGUCUGAAUUCAUUGUGGACGUUUAUUCUCCAGUUUGAACACUAUCCUCCUGUCAUCCAGUUACCACUUCCAAAGGAAGUGACGCUGGAGUUGGCAAGAUUUUUAGGCUUAAUUCCCCUAGCCUACAUGGAUUUUCGUUGUACAGUGGCAAAAGUAGUAACCGCCAGUGACGCAUCAAAGACCGGUGGCGGGGUAACUGCUUCAUCGAGUCUUACUCCUGCGGGCUGUGUGGCCGCCCAGUGUGGAGUACGAGGAGACAUUGUAGAGCCAGCUGAGGUCACGCAGGUUGUCACGGUGGGGCUUUUUGAUGGGAUAGGAGCCCUGAGGACAGCAGCAGAUGUUCUUGGAUGGAACGUGGUCGGGCACAUCAGUGUCGAGAAGGAUGACCAUGCGGCUCGUGUAGUGGAGGCCCGCUUUCCGAAUACUAUCCGGGUCACCACCGUGGAGGACAUUGACGAAAAGAUGGUACAGUCAUGGCCAUGGGCUCUAAAGUUUUCUCAAGCCGCCCUGGUUUUGAUCGGGGCGGGCCCCCCUUGCCAAGGGGUUAGUGGUUUGAAUGCGAGGAGGAAAGGUGCCUUGCGUGAUGCUCGAAGUGGUCUGUUUAUGCACGUUUCGAGGAUUCGCGCCUUAGUCAAAGGCUGCUUCCCAUGGGCUCAGGUGCGUACUUUGAUGGAAUCAGUGGGUUCCAUGGAUGAAGUAGAUCGCAAUGUCAUGUCAGCUGACUUCGGAGAGGAGCCAUGGCUCAUCGAUGCCUUAGGGGUGUCGCUGGCCCGGCGGCCGAGGCUUUAUUGGGUGGAAUGGGAGCUCUUUGGCUCUGAAGGGGCUUCAAAAGUACAGGGCAAGUCUCCAGUGCGUGAGAUACAGCUGGUGGCAGAAGUCAACUCCCAGGACUUUUUGCUGCCUGGGUGGAAGCUUGUCUCAAACGAACCCUUGCCCACUUUCACUACCUCGCGGCCCAGGGCAUCCCCGGGCUACAAGCCUGCCGGUUUACAACAGUGCACCUAUGAAGAGCGAGCUCGCUGGGUUCAGGACCAGUACAGGAAACUCCUGACCUUGGUUGGAGUAAAAGGUGAAGAUUUGAUGCUGCAAUCCUCGAGUGAAGAUUUAGUCAAGUAUCAAAGGUUGCGUGCCAGUGUUCCGGCCCGUUUAUGGCGCUGGAAAACCAUUGCCGGAUGGCUGUGGAAUGAUUGUACAGAACACAUUAACGUGUUGGAGAUGCGUGCUGUUCUGACGUCAUUGAAGUGGCGCAUCGAAAAGCAUAAAAUUCUCAAGAGCAAAUUCGUGCAUCUUUUAGACUCCCUAGUCUGCCUCCAUGCGUUGAGCAGAGGCCGGUCCAGUAGCCGCAAAUUGAGGCGGUCCCUCCUACGAAUAAAUGCCUUGCUUCUUGCCACAAACAACCAUGCCGUGUGGGCUUACACCCACACAAAAGAAAAUCCUGCGGACGUUCCGAGUCGACGUCCCAGGAAGCGCAAGUGGUCCAAUGCCCAAAAGGCACGAUAUCAACAAGCUCUUGAUGAUUUCUUUGAGUAUUUGCGGGCUGAAAAGCUCGUUUUACCCCAUUCCACGGCGCAGUUAGUGCCCAAUCGGGCACCGCCAUUACCGGUGGAGAUGUUAGAGGCAAUGGUGGGACACGCGCUUUUUAAGGGUGACCACGCUUUUGCCCUGACGUUGCUCCCGGGUUUUUAUGGGUUGUUGCGCACGGGUGAGCUGUUAUCCAUUGCGGGGUCCCAUGUGACAGUUACUGAUCCCAAGGG